AUGACAACAAAGGAGAUGCAAUCUGAUGUGGCUUGCGUGAUGUCGACAACACCCAAAUUUAAAUUCCCGCUUAACCAAAUUUCAUUUUCAGAACAAAAUAACCCGCGAGUUCCAAAACACACAAUCCGCAAACCCAAAUCCUGCUCUCCGGUGGAAAAAAGAAUCGGCGGAAAUUCCGGCUCCAGCAACCGUCUCAGCGCUCUACACCGUAUCUCCGAACUUGAAAAAAGCGCGAAGUUUGAUCUGGUUCUUGAUACUUUAAGUGUGUUCAAGUGUUGA